GGAAACUCGUCCGCUCCCGCAGCGUCUUGUGUCCGAGUGGGCGCGGGGCGGGCACGGGGCAGGGGCAGCAGCUGAUGCAGCUCAGAGUCCUUGAUCGAUGGAGCCCAUCGACAUUUCGCUCAGCGGCAUCGAGUUUCUUGCUCUCGGUGUGUCGAGAAGAUGCAGUCGCUGAGAAUCGACGGCGACAGCGUCGGGGGUUGCGUAUAAUUUUUCGACGCGCUCGAUUCUUUCCUCCUGGUUCUUCAUGUCUUCUUCUUAAUUCUCGUCUUCCUUUUCUUCUUGCGGGCCGAGGCCGUCGAGUCGGGAGGGAGGGAGGGAUAGUAGAAAUUUGGAAACAGAGAUGACGAGGGUCUGUUAAUUAUGCCCAUCUCAACCGCAUGAGCAGUUUGUCUUCUUCGUUGACCAGGUUUUCAUUCCGACUCCGCAAAAUCGAGGUCGGGGUUUUUGUCGAGAGACUGGUGGGGGUGAUACAUGGCUCUUUUGGCCCCGUCUUUGCUGCGUGUUAAGGUUUGGCGCCCCUGCGACGGCUGCAGUAGCAGCCUGUUCAAGUCGUCCGUGCUACAAGUUUCCACUUCUGAGCUAUUCAUAACGAAACAUUUAAGAAGAAGGGUAGGAAGCGGGGGUCGAUUAAGAUGCGUCAGAAGUGGACCACGCUCUGGUGACAUUUUGGAACCACAGAAUUCUUACCCUAGUGGAAAUUUGAAUGAAAAGAAUGGUAAAGGAAAUAGUCGAGAUAGCUACGAGGGCUGUACGUCAGCACCCGGAGUCAAAUCGGAGACGGCGGCCAACAGUAUUGACAGCUACGAAGGGGACACUAUGAAUGUGGAAGCAUCUCCUUGGAAGAAUGUUUUUCCUGCUUACAUGCAGAGCAAAGAGGACGAAGAAGAGUCGGAAGAAAGCGUAAAUGAGCCCGUUUGCAAUCCCCCUAGCUCAAGAGGAGCUGUGAAUGGAGUAGUUGCAGCGAAAGCAGCAGCUGCCGCUACUGCCUCUGCUAAAGAAUUUGAAUCUCAAUUUGGGUCAAUUUCGACUCCCCUUCUGACAUCUCAAUCUACAGCCUCAGCAGCUCGCAAAAACCUGAAAGAUUUAAUAUCUCAUGAUCCAAUCUGGGCUGCGAUUAGAGCUGAGGCCAGACUUGAGGCAGAGCGAGAACCACUACUCAGUAGCUUCCUGUAUGCAAGCAUACUGGCUCACUCGUGCUUCGAGCGCUCCCUGGGAUUUGUACUCGCAAACCGUUUGAAAAACGCGACACUACUGGCCACACAACUCCUAGAUGUCUUCGACGACGUGUUCAUGAAUGACAGCUAUGUUGUACAGGCUGUAAGAUUAGAUGUGCAGGCAGUUAAAGAUCGCGAUCCAUCCUGCAGAUCUUACAGUUCGGCUCUGCUGUACUUGAAAGGCUAUCAUGCUAUUCAAGCGUACAGGGUGGCUCACGCAUUGUGGAAUAGAGGUCAGAAGGUUUUAGCCUUGGCAUUACAGGCACGAAUCAGUGAGGUAUUUGCAGUGGACAUCCAUCCUGCUGCGCGUAUAGGGAAGUCCAUAUUGCUGGAUCAUGGCACAGGAGUUGUCAUUGGAGAGACCGCAGUAGUUGGUGAUCGUGUUUCCAUGCUUCAGGGUGUUACAUUGGGUGGCACAGGGAAAGCAUCAGGAGACAGACAUCCCAAAAUUAGAGAAGGAGUGCUGAUUGGUGCAGGAGCCACCAUUCUAGGAAAUAUAGUCGUCGGAAAGGGUGCCAUGGUCGCAGCUGGUUCUCUUGUAUUGAAAGACGUUCCACCCCACAGUAUGGUGGCUGGGACCCCAGCGAGAGUUGUUGGAUUUUUGCAAGAACCUACACCAUCUCUCACUAUGAAACAUGAUGUCACAAAAGAUUUUUGCGAAGAACUGGAAGAAGCAGUGAGGCGCCAAUCACUGCUAGAGAAUAGGCUGAGUGGAGGGGCAGGAAUAUGAUCAAACAGACGUUUGGAACUGUGCUUUUGUUUUGCCCAUUUGUAGGAGACAGGCGAGAUGUACGAUAGUUGAUAGGUGUGCUUCAAAUACGAUGUCGGAUUUCUUCGCUUGCAGAUUGAUGUAAACAGGUGAAUAUAUGACUUACACUUAGUGUUAAAUAGACAUGUAUUUCCUCCUCUCAAGAUGGAUGAUUUGUUACGGGCAUAGUUUACAUAUAUUAUAACUGGAUAGUAUUCUUCAUCGAUGAUUUCAGAAAUAGGGGGGGAACGAUAUGGGAAUUGUCGGUGGAAGGCAGCUGAAUCACUUGUACGGAAUUUUUUUGUUAAAAGAUCACUGCAGUAUUUUAGUCAGCUACGAUACCCUUUGGCCACUGAUGUGAUCUGAUCUGCCAGGGCUGGAGAGGAUUCAGUUGACAAAGCAGUUUGGCAUCCACGAAGUCUAGGAAUAUGUUGCAGUUCAGGGUGCUGCUGUAAAUUCAUGUAAUGCAACUGUUCCAAAACUUUCACCUUC